AUGUCGCAGCCCAAUUUGCUUGACAUAGUACCGGAGGAGUUAUUUCAAAAAUACUCCAUAACAGAAAUUGACCAAGUUCAGAAGAAACUACAGUAUGAAAUUGAACGAAAAAGAGAAGAGCUUCGUGCGAUGGUUGGAGAAAGGUAUAGGGACUUAAUUCAAGCUGCAGACACGAUAGAAGAAAUGAAGGUUACAACGGGAAGCACUUUGGAUCAUAUAAAUGAGAUGAUGUUAGCAUGCAAAAAUUUGCAUAACACCCAUUUAAUUGGAUUUAAAGUUCAAGAACCUCAGACAUUUGAGCGUGAUCAAUUUAAUACCAAUCUAGCACAAGGCAUUGCAGUUCAAAUUAAACUACUUAUGGAAAUACCAGAGAAAAUAUGGAAGUGUAUUGAAACAGAUGACUUUGUCACAGCAUCGCAGUUGUUUAUUUUGGCCCGUCACAUUAAUACAGGGCUUCAGUUGCAAAUUGGUGGGAAAAAUGCUAAUCCAGGCAUGCAAUCACUAUACAGAGUUGUCCAACAGCAGUGGAUCUCCAUUUCCAACUUUAACCAGACUAUCAUAAAUGAAUGCCGUCAGAAACUGCAGGAUGUUGAUAUAAAUGUUCAGGUUGCAUGCUCUUGCCUAGUGAGUCUAUACCUUCUGGACUCACAAACCAUGGUGGAACUUUUAAACACCCUCAUUGGCUUACACAGUGACACCAGUCUUAAAUCAACUCUACAAUUUGACUUAGCACAGAUAUUGGAUGGAGAUGUGAAAGCACAGAUAAAGAAAAAGAUAGUUAAUGGAGUAAAAAUUGUGUUGAAAACAGUUGUUUUAGUGUAUGCUUGCUUUGUGAAUAAUGAGGGAGGUGGGGUAUUAGAGAUGCUGAAAGACUUGUACAAGAAUGAUUCUAAACCUUUAUUAGACUUAGUCAACUUUAGUGAUCCAAUCUCGUUGAAACUACUACCCCCUGCUGUGUCAAACUACAGGUUGUCCAUUAACAAAGAAUUGCGGGCAUUAGCAAAAGAGGAUAUAUCAAAAUCGGUUCAAGAGUGGAGUGUAUGGGUAAAGUCAUAUAUAGAAAGUAGUGUUGAGGCGCUUCUCCAAAACGUAACAAGAGUGAAAGUGCUGCAUGAGAUUCGAGAAGAAGCAUUUAAAAUAGAAACUCCAUCAAAUUGGAGUGCUGUUUGCAGUUCCCUAGCUAUACCAGAAGUGCAUGUUUGGUGUCACUACUUCCAACCCCUGCUUACAGCCAGAGUUAAACUUAUUAUUGACAACCGCUGGCUGAAAGUGUAUGAUGCAUUCAAAACUCAGAUUCUAGUGGACCUGACCAGAGUGUCAUCGGAGUCUGAGUUGGAGAAAGAGGCUGACAUCAACUGGUUCGUCUGGAAGGAUCUCAUCGGUGAUACAGUUAUUGAGUCAAGAGAUGAAGUUAUAAAUGUCAUGAAUUCACUGAUGAAAGCCAUGUCCAGACAGGACCGUGGCCUGACGCCGAACUUGGAGAAACUCUGUCAGGGUCUGGAUGACGAGCUGCAGAGGCUUCUCGAGGACCUGAAGGUGUACCUCUACCAGGACAAGAGGCAAGGCGGCAGCAACAGGCUGAUGUUCUCCUACGAGGAGGAGGAAGAGAAUCAACAGGUCUACAGCGACAGAGCCGACAUCGAGCAUUACUUGAGGAGCGUUUCUGAUAGAAAUAUUCAAAGCAUGUUGCAAUACAUAAAGGCGUGCUUCGAGGAGCCGACCCUGCAAUCAACGGAACUCCAGCGCAAGACCACGGCCGUUUACACGGCGCGUUUCGCGCAAGCGAUUACCCACCUUAUGCCCAGUCUGCGCAAGUGCUACAUUCCCGAUGACCGGUACGCGGACGAGGCGAUAGAAGAGGGCGCGGUGAGGAGCUGGAACGACGCGUGCGAAGUGCUAAAGAGCUGUUGCUUGCACUGCUGGGGCAAGUGGCUGGACAUUGUGAUGGAGAAGGUGAUGGGCUUAGUUCAGCAGCUGCCCCAGAAGUUCACCCUGGAGGCGAACGUGGACUAUCUGAUGAUGCAGUGGGACGUGAUACAGAUCCAAGAGAGGGGCGAUGAGGGCAACUCGGUCGAAUCCAGCAUAAAGGUUCCGGCCGGGCCCUCGCUCAAACUGCAGGAGUUCCUGUACUCGGUCGCCCGUCUUCUAGACGAGGUCGUGCCGCACACUCUGCCCCACGAAGUGCACUCGGAAUUCGUACAGCGGAUAGCGUCCGUCACGCUCGCGCACUACAGCACCGCCGCGAGGGAGAGCGAGACGGAGAUAAAUCAGCGGUGCGCGCUCCAACUGCUGAUGGACGUGAGGCACGCCACGCUGCUGAUGGUGCCGCGCGAGAACAAGUCCACUAUAGAACGCUCGCAGGAGAUAUGCGAGGUGCUGAGGCAGAAGAUAGACCCCUUCGACUACGACGUCUUCUACCCGUACAUACAGACCAAUCUGAAGCGAUCCGUGCAAAGGGUGCAGACGCUGCUGGGCAGUCUGGUCCAGCACCACGGCCAGCUGACGGGCGUGGUGGGCGCCAAGCCUGUCACGUCAGGUGGCACCGGCGACAAGGCUGCCACCCUGCUGGCGACGGCGGACGCCCAUUGGUUCACGCUCCUACCCGUAGCGGCGCCCUCUAGCGUCAAGAAGCAAGAGAAGGCGGUUAAGAAGAAGCCGGCCCCCGCCGCCAGCCCCAACAAGUCGAGAGGUGACAUAUCCGACAUAAUGACCAGCUCGUUGCCGAUCAACUUCGCCAACGCGAGGUCCGGAGCCGCCUCCUUCUUCACGUCCAUGACCUCCGACUGGUUCAGCGGGUCC